AUGAGCCAAACGAUCGACUUUUACCUCUCCGCCGCACUCAAGUCUCCAUCGCCCACUGCUUUAUCCACACACAGCUCGCCCCUCACGCCCUUGUCCUCCAUCACGACAUCUUCAUCUUCUGCCACGUCUUCGUUCAUUGAUCCAGCUCUGCUUUGUCCCGCCCCACUCGAUUUCGACGCCCUCUUACCUGCCAGUCCGUUUCCCACUCCUUUUCUCACACCACCCAGCGAACCAGACGGUUGGUACGGCAAUCUAUCAUCCACUUUCAGUCAAAACCACGGCUACAGCUGGAGUUGGCUUUCGAUGUCUCCCAAGGCCCCGCUUCAUAGCGGAAAUUUCCCUUACGGAAGUAACACCAACGCUGAACCGGUGACUGCUGCAGGUGUUUCUUCAGAACGAAGCACAGUUAACGAAACUUCCCAAGAACCUCACCAAGCUUGGGUAUCCAAGCAUCAGAACGCUUCGAUGCCUUCCACUCCUACUGAUCCAUCCCAAGCCCACGGUCCUGGUGUUCAAACUCUCCCACAAGGUGGCCAAAGUGCAGGAAACAUGUUGCCUCCUCUUCGACUACCAGACGCACGGAGUGGCAACAACAACGGUGGAACGCCAACCAAUGGGUAUCCAGGAUACCCUUAUCCGACUCCAUAUGGUUAUCCGUAUCAUCCGGGACAACAGAUGUAUUAUCACCCACCCCCGCAGGCGGGAGACGGGUAUUCGCAAGGUUAUUCACCGAUCUCAGCCUUCGGUGUACCACAUCACGCUCAUCAACACGGAACGAUACAACCUUCUGCUUUCAGCAGUUGGUCAGACCGCGAACGCGACGGCGAUGACCGACCCAGCCUCGAUCGUCGUGCAUCUUCUACAAGUACGGGAGUCGGAAUGCAAGAUCGAUACGGUGAAAAACCACUGGCAAGUCCGGCGAUGAGUCAGAGAAGUGAUGAACAAGCGGUAGAUGUCAUGUAUACCAGCGACGCUGAAGUCAAACAAACUCUCGAAGUCAGAAGACGGUGUCAUAAUUGUCAUAGUACCACUCCUCCAAGUUGGCGUAAAAGUGUUUUGUAUCCAGGAAAGAUUUUAUGUAACAAAUGCGGUAUCUUUGAACGAACACAUCGUAAAUCACGUCCUCAACAGACCGAUGAUCAGAAGCUUCGAAAAUCCACAGGAUACGGCCAGGUCGAGAUGCUCCGCCGAAACCCUUUGCCACAUUUGCAAAUGACAAGAGAGGACCCAGUGUCGCCAGGAUCAGCAUAUUCGACAGUUCCUUCUCAAGCGACACCAGUAUCUGCAACUUCCGGCUCUUACACUUCUCCUCUCACUUCUUCAGCUCUCCCACGUAGAGGUUCAAGUUCCACCGCUCAAGCUCUCGGAACACCAUUCACUUCUGGAGAACUACGUUCAGUUUCAUAUCAUCCUUACGCACGUUCUCCUCCUUCACCAUAUCAUCCUCAUAAUCGUCGUGCUGCUUCAUAUCAAUAUCCACCCGGACCAGGUUAUUACAUACCUUCUCCUGCUCAAGGUCCAAUGACACCUCAUGAUCCUCGUGAAAUGGUACAUACUGUUCAAGUUGGACAUUCUCAAAAUGUACAAGGUGUACAUCACGUACAAGAAACACAAGGACAUAAUGGUCAAAGUAGUAAUGGUGGUCAAGUUGAAGGAGAAAUUAAAUCACCUCCGAAUACAGCAGGAGUUAUUCAAGCACAUGAUUCGAAUUGGCCACAACAUGGUACAAGAAGACAUAGUGAUGCUCAUGUUCAUUCUUUAUCACAAUAA